AUGGGUUCAGGACUCCUCUCUGAUCUCCACCUUGAGUUUCCUAUCAAACAGACAGACCGAUUCAACUUGGUAUUGCUGAUACCCGGAAAUCAUGAGUUUUACAAUGGGACUUUCACGGCAGGGCUGGAAAAGGCUAGACAUCUUGAACGGGAGCCUUCCUUAAAUGGACGAUUAGCUUUGAAAGUACCUUGUGAAUUGACAAAUAUCGUCCGGCUGUCAGUCGAUGACCAUAAUAUAAGCCAUGAUUCAGAUCUCGCUUGGUUACUGGAAGAGAUAUAUUUGAUACAUAAGGAAAAUGAAAAGGCAGACAAUCCGAGUAAAAAGAGGUCUAUUUCUGUUGUGACAUACCAUGCUCCUUUACUUCAGAGGACGUCGAGCCCACAACACGCCCAGACCCCUUGGACGGGAGGGGUAAGAGUUGUGAGUAACCAACGGGGAUAUGUGUUGCCUUGGCACAAGUCGAAGACGCAGGAUAGGUUUGACUUGAGAGCGGUUAUAUGUAUGAAGGUCUGCAUGUACUUUUCAGUCUCUAGCCUGUAA